AUGUCUGCAGUCCUUCAGAAAUCGAAUCGUGGGUCCUACCAACGAGUACUCCACGGGCGAAAAGCGCCCGAAGCCCAGAUAAGUACUGUCGAUGGUAUCACGACCCUUGUUUCAGGAGACACAGUUUCAGGAACAGCAACCGGCGCAGUUGGCGGGACCAAGGGAAGAGCAUGUGCACAAGAAGGACCAUCGCAUCUACAAGGCAGACCCGCAAAUGGAUUCGCAAAAGCGGGUAAGGAGGGUAGGAAAAAGGGAGCCGGUGACUUUCAAUCCCAUGGGAACAGAGCUAAGGGUGUUGCCGCUUCUUCAGGCAAAGCUCCAUCGCACCUGCAGAAACCGCAAUCGUUUUCCGGUUUAGGGCGUGUUCUCUAA